AGAUGAGUUGACGCGACACGCUGGGUCGUCCCUACGGGCCCGGCGAGGUGGCCAAAAAUGGGGCAUUCCACUGGUCUCUUGGAUGCCUUGAUGGCCCCCAGAGGACAUCGAAGCAGUUUCUGGUCGCUGGGCUUGGGUGGAUCCCAUGAAGAGGAAGCUCAAGCUCCAUCACUUCCAGAAGGAAAUUGUCCCAAGCUACGACCAGCUCAACUGGCGCGCGCCAGCUGCCCGGCGGUGGGAGCUGAAAUGGAAAUCCGCCGCCGCGAGGGCUUGGGGAAGGACAACGGCGGCUGCGCCGCGCAGCCGCCGGCCUGUUGCGAGGCGGCGCGGCGGGCGGAAGCAGCGGCGAAGAUGGUGCAGGAUCAGAUCCGAGGCAAUCCCUUCUUACGCUGGAUGCAGAUGCAGCAGAUGCCGGGCGCGGCAUUGCUUCUGUCCUCUUCGCCCGGAGCCGGCAGAGCCGGCAGAGCUAAGGCACGGAGCAAAAAGGACUUUCUUUGAGCUGCCAAAGUUGCAAUCAUUGAAGCGACGAUUCACGUUAGACUUGCCCGUGCAAAA